UAAUAGUAAGCCAAGAGAGGUGCAGAAAUGUCAGAUGUUGUGGAGAAAACUAUUGCUGCCUUACCUAAAAUAUUUGGUGAAAACUUGUUGGGAGGAAUUAGUCAAGGUGUUCAAAGUCCAAAAUAUUUAUCAGGGCUUGGUCGAUGUUUUCAGACAUUCGUUCGUCUGUUACAUAAAUCUAAAACGAAAAAUGAAGAAGACCAGUUUAUUAAGACACAGAUCACAGAAAUCAAAGAGCAAUUUAAAUACCCAUCAACCAGAAAGGAUCAAGAGAAAGAUCUGCUAUUUAUAUGUGUAUACUGUCACAUGAUGGGGUAUAAUGUUGACUUUGCCAAGGUAAAAGCAUUCAAUAUGUGUGCUGGAUCUGAUGAGGCAAUGGAUACAAAAAUAGGAUGGGUAACAGCUAAUCUGCUGCUUCCGAGAAACGAUGAGACUUCUAUACUGGCUACGUCUUCAAUGGUCAAGAAUUUGUCAAGUCCAAAUUUAUUGGAAGUGUGUAAUGUCAUGGCAACAGUGGCACAUUUUACAAUGCCACAAAUAAUAGAAUUUGUAUUGCCAUAUUUGCAGAAAACACAGAAUCAUACAAGAUCUCUUGUGAGAGCUAAGGCAGUCAUGUGCAUCUAUAUGUAUUACCUUCAAGUUCCAGAACUAUUUUUGUAUGAAGAGGACAGUUUCUACAAGAGUUUGUGCGAUCCAGAUCCUAGUGUCAUGGCUGCUGCAUGCUAUAUAUUUCAUGAGCUUGUCAAAAAAGACAGAAAAAAGUAUUUGAGCCUGGUUCCUGUUCUAGUCAACAUUUUACAGCAGAUAAUAGAAAGAAAGCUGCCCUCUUCUUAUGAAUAUCACAGUAUCCCAUCACCAUGGUUACAGAUCAAGAUUCUUAAAAUGCUUGCAUUAUUAGGAGCUGAUAAUCAAAGAGAAAGUGAAAUGAUUUACCCAGUACUACAAGCAGUGUUUGAGAGAACUGGUAUUAAAGACAAAAUGUGUUUUGCAAUAUGUUAUGAGUGUAUACAGACAAGUACAUCAAUAUAUCCUAACCAAGAAUUACUUCAGGCAGCCACUCAGGCUGUAGGAAAUUUCCUAAGAGCAAAAGAUUUAACUCUAAAAUAUAUUGGAAUAAAGGCUUUAACUGGUUUGGUCAGAGUCAGUCAGGAGUUUGCAUUACAAUAUCAAAUUAUAGUUGUAGAACUUUUAGAUGAUCCAGAUGAAACUGUCCAAAGAAAAACACUGGCCCUACUAUACAACAUGACAAACUCUGUUAAUGUACAACCAGUAUGUGAUAAACUCUUACAACAUAUGAUCAACAGUAGUGAUCCAUUCCAUAAAGAAGAUUUAUUACACAAAAUUGUAGAACUUACUCAGAAAUUUUUUAAGCCAGAAGUUUGGUUUGUGGAUAUUCUGUUUAAAGUUUUGCAAAUCUGUCCCAGUUCUUCGUCGUCAAUGGUAAUGAAUAAAGUAAUUGCGACAUUAAGGAAAGGAAUAACAAGGAACACAGAAUUUUGUCAACAUUUAGUAAAGAAAUCUGUUGAAUGUUUGUUCAGGGAAGAUUUACUUGAAGAUAUGGUGAAACUUGCAUCCUGGAUAAUUGGACAGGAAGCGGAAUUACUCAAAAAUAUGCCAAAAGAUAAACUUAUGGCUUUGUUUACAAAGCAGUUGUCAAGACAACAUAUUACUGUCAUGACUAAAUUGUGGCUUACAAAUGCAUUGAUGAAUCUUGUUACUUCAAACAUAUUGAUGACUGAUACAAUAGCAGAACCUGUAGAACAACUAUUGAAAACAGUGAAUGAUGUUAUAAUUGUAGAGAAAUUGCAAGAGUUAGUAAGAAUAAGUCAGUUGAAGCCUGAAAUAUCAAAACCAAAGAUUGAAAAGAUGGACUUUACUUUGUCUUUUCUGGAUAACUAUGUGUCAAAGUCUGUAAAGAAUGGAGCCCAACCCUAUAGACCUAAAAAUAUGAGAUCUAAACAGACACAACAAGAACAAGGUGUGACAGAAUUAUUUAAAGGUAUUCAAAAUCAAGGAAAAAUGGAAAUUUUGAGUAGACUUGGAGAGGAUGUAGCAAGCUCUGGUGGUACAUCUUUCACUGCAAGUGAUUCAGUAUCCAAAUUACCAUCAGUGAAGAAGGUAUGGGGAAAGGAAGGAAGAAUUAUAGAUACUCAAGAAACAAAGAAAGAUGAAGACGAUCAUAUAACAGAAGAAGAUAGAAAUAGACAACAAAUGGUGUCUGCUUUGUUUGGUGGCAUAAUGCCAGGACAGGUUGAAAAGACAGUAGAACAAGAACCUGAUCCUUUUUUCACAGAAGAGGACAAUUUUGAUAUCAAAAGUGCACAGCCAUCAACAAAUUUGGAUACUGGAGGAUGGAGACAACUUCAUCAGUCAUCAGGUGACCCAAAUUCACCUAAUAAAACAAUUUCUAGUGAAUAUGGUAAACUAGUGGAUGAUUUAAGCCUCAGUGAAACUCAGUUUUCUGAAAAUUAUACAGGAGAACCAUUUGUUGCAGAGCAGACUCUUUCUAAGCAUCAUAUUGAUAAUGAUUCUUUUGAUAAACAUUUAAGUGAUACAGACUUAUUACCAUCUGGAGGUGGAGGGAGUCUGUAUGAGGAUUUUGUAGGAGAUGUCAAAAACAAAGAUGAAAAGUCAAUAUACUCAGAUUCCUUGCAAACAUUAUAUGAUGAUGAUAGUGUAUCAUGAUGCCUAAAAUAAAAGAUAUUUUAUUCAUUAAAAGAUUUAUUUAUGAUAUAAGGUAAUUAUUUUUAGAGGUAAAGACCAGAAAAAUGCAAGCUUUUAUAAUGCUACUGUCACAGCUUUUCCAGGAGAUAAUGCUUUUUAGUGUCAGUUGUUAAGAUCCUCCUUUUUUCAGAUUUUUGUGUAACAAUUUCUGCAUUCAUACAUGUGAUAGACUAAAACUCAGAUCAGGAGAUAGGGAAAUUUUUAUAGAGUUUAGACCUCAGAUCAUGAGAUAUGGCAUUUUUUUUGUCGUAAAUGUACCGGUAACCGUCUGAUUUAAAAAUUGUCUUUUUGUGUGUUUUUUACCUUCAAUCUUCCUUCUGAGUGUAAUACAUUAAUGUGUUUACAGUACCCUUGUAGCAUGUCUAUUUGAAUGGUAUCAGUUGAAAGAAUAAUUUAGAAGAUUUUGUUCUGUUUUUUGCUGUUGAUUGUUGAUUGUUGACUGCUUGUGAAUAAAGUACUAUGAUUUAACCUUACCUUUUAGUACAAAGAAAAACUUACAGCAUAGUGUUUUAUUCAUGUCUCCUUUUUUUUUUGUAUUCAAUGUCAUUGGAUUACAUAUAUAAGAAAGAAAUAUGCUAUACAUUUAUAACAUGAUAAAUAGAUGAAAAAUUAACAAACAAACACAAUAGUGAUGAAUGAUUUUUAUACGACAGCAAACAAAUUUUUGUGGUCGUAUAUUGGUAUGACGUUGGCGUCGUCGUCGUCCGAAAACACAUUAGUUUUCGCACUCUAACUUUAGUUUAAGUGAAUGGAUCUCAAUGAAAUUUUACCAUAAGGUUCAAUACCACUAAAGGAAGGUGGGGAUUGAUUUUGGGGGUUAUGGUUAAGGAAUUAGGGGCCAAAAAGGGGCCAAAAAUAAGCAUUUUUGUAACUUCCAGACAUAACUUGUGUGUAAGUGUAUGGAUCUCUCUGACAUUGUACCACAAGGUUCCAUAUCACAAAGGGAAUGUUGGGAUUGAUUUUGGGGGUAAUUCCUUCCAAAUUUUAGGAAUUAGGGGCCAAAAAUGGGCAAAAAACCAGCAUUUUUCUAAUUUCAUGACAAUAACUUGUGUGUAAGUCUAUGGAUCUCUCUGACAUUGUAUCACAAGGUUCCAUAUCACAAAGGGAAUGCUGGGAUUGAUUUUGGGGGUAAUUGCCUCCAAAUUUUAGGAAUUAGGGGCCAAAAAACAAGCAUUUUUCUAGUUUCAUGACAAUAACUUGUGUGUAAGUGUAUGGAUCUUUAUGAAAUUGUACUACAAGGUUCCAUAUCACAAAGGGAAAGCUGGAAUUGAUUUUAGGGGUAAUUGCCUCCAAAUUUUAGGAAUUAGGGGCCAAAAAGGGGCAAAAAACAAGCAUUUUUCAAGUUUCAUGACAAUAGCUUGUGUGUAAGUGUAUGGAUCUUUAUGAAAUUGUACUACAAGGUUCCAUAUCACAAAGGGAAAGCUGGAAUUGAGUUUGGGGGUAAUUGCCCAAAAAUUUUAGGAAUAAGGGGCCAAAAAGGGGCAAAAAAUAAGCAUUUUUCUAGUUUCCAGACAAUAACUUGUGUUCAAGUGUAUGGACCUCUCUGAAUUGAAGUGCAAGGUACCAUACCACAAAGGGAAGGCUGGGAUUGAUUUUGGGGGUAAUUCCCUCAAAAUUGUAGUAAUUAGGGGCCAUAAAAGGGCAAAAAAACAAGCAUUUUUUCUAGUUUCAGGACAAUAACUUGUGUGUAAGUGUAUGGAUCUUUAUGAAAUUGUACUGUAAGGUUCCAUAUCACAAAGGGAAAGCUGGGUUUGAGUUUGGGGGUAAUUGCCCUAAACGUUUAGAAAUUUGGGGCCAAAAAGGGGCCAAAAAACAAGCAUUUUUCUAGUUUCCAGACAAUAACUUGUGUUCAAGUGUAUGGAUCUCUCUGAAAUUGUACUGCAAGGUACCAUACCACAAAGGGAAGGCUGGGAUUGAGUUUGGGGUGUUGAAUCAUAAGGGGGUUCAAAAAAUUUGGGGGGGAUUUUUUUUUCCUUUUUUUUCUUUAAAAUUUUCCAUUUUAAAUUGGUUAUUUCUGAUUUAUAUAUAAAAGCAAAUAAUAAUGAUAUGGUUUGAAUAGGUAAAUUAAAAUUUUUUAAGUUCUUAGACAACUUUCAUUCUGUGUCAGAAACCUAUGCUGUGUCAAAUAUUUAAUUACAAUCCAAAUUCAGUGCUGUAUUAAGCUUGAAUGUUGUGUCCAUACUUGCCCCAACUGUUCAGGGUUCGACCUCUGCGGUCGUAUCAAGCUGCGCCCCAGCGGAGCAUUUUAUUAAUCAUUAAUAAAGUCAUUUUGCUAGAAAACUGAACAUAACCAUUGUUUCAACCACUGUCAAAAUGUAUGAGCUAAUGCAAUGUCUCUAUUACAUUGACAUUGUUAUUCAAUAAAUAAAGUACUGGUCUUGGAACACUCUUGUCAUGUAAGAAGUACAAGCUGACAUUGCUGCCUAUAAUAAACUUUGUUCUGUA